GGAUGGAUGAGAUGUCUGCCUCAAUAUGAUCCAACUCUGCAGUUCACCGAAGAGACAUGUAUAUACGUACAUUUCUAUCCAACUCCCAGUGAAUCUGAUACAUUUGUAUCAGUUGCAAUUCUGAGAAUCCUCCUUCUUGUCUUUUUCAUCUCAUUUUCUCCGUGACUCACUCACCAUCUCAUCUGGACCAGCCUUAUUCACUACCUAUCAACAACCUGCCCGGUCUGACACCCACCACUAACCAAGAUUCCAUAAGUGAAUAGAGAGCGGUUCCUAUUUUGACUGGCAUAAGUAUCAGGAACUUGAUUCCCGACUUUCUUUUCAACCAUCACCUUCUUUGCUCUGCAGUAGGCCUCAUCGUCCCCCCAGUCAAGCUAUUCAAAUCGGUCACUCAUAUCGGCCAAGCACCAGAGCCUGACAGUACUUCCAGCCUGCUCGUUUAAUUCUAUCAAAACUCUCAUUUAACUCUACUGGUCUUUAAUAUAUACCUUCUAUCUAUUAGCCGGAACUCUUCCAUCCAUCAUGGGCGGCUCAGCCUUCUCAGACCUGGAGAAUCCUCCAUACACUCCUCACAUGCCCACAGAUAUCUACGAGCAGAUAAAGGCAUCCUGUCAUACCGCUCUCGAAAAGAUUUUCCUCCACGUGGCCACCCCCGUCGAGGGCCCUGCCAAAGCCGACCACGGCGACAUCGACAUCCUCGUCGCAAACGAGCGGCGUCUCACACUUCAGGAUUCCGAUGAAGACACGACUCCCUCGCCCCUGCCCACACUACACACCAAGAUCCGAGAAGCACUAGGCGCAGAAUUCCACAAAGCCAUCCACAACACUACAAACCUAGUCGUCCCUUGGCCCGGCUCCAACGGACAAAAACACAUCCAAGUUGACGUCCGUAUCUGCAAGAACGAAGAGGAGCUAGACUGGUACCUCUUCAAAUACGGCCACGGCGACCUCUGGAACCUCCUCGGCUCCACCAUCCGCCCUUUCGGCCUGACAGUAGACGAAUCCUCCCUCUGGAUCCGCAUCCCAGAAAUCGAAAAAUUCGACCGCAAAAAGGCCAAAAUCCUCCUCACCAAAUCCCCUACCGCAAUCCUCACCUUCCUCGGCAUCAGUCUCGAGCCGUUCAAGUCCGGCAAGCCUUUCCCAACGGUGGAGGCCCUCUACGAGUACGUAACCACCUGCCGCUACUUUUUUGUCCGCCCCGCCUCGGAAGAAAAUGACGGCGAUGGCGCUGGCCUUGUAGGAGGCGAGGAAGGCGUCAAAAAGCUCAAGAGCAAUGACCGGCAGAGGAUGAGGCAGCGGGCUGUGUACAGGAGGUGGAUAGAGGAGUAUAUCCCCAGUCUUCGGGAGCAGGGCCUGCACGUCAGGUCGGAUGUCUCGGUCAAGAAGAUGCGCGCCUCGGUGCAGGAGGACGCUUUUGCCGCGUUUGACGUGGAGGUGGAGUGGAACGCACGACUGAAGGACUGGCGGUUGCAGAAGAAUGUGGAGGCGACGAGGAAGUUGAUCAAGGAGGUCAUACCUGCCGACGUUACGGAUGUGAAUUAUAGGGGUUGCUUGCUGUCUGGGUUGAAGAAGAUCAUUAUGGAGGAUGGCGAUUCAACUGGGCUCGAUUUCGUUUCCCGCCCAGACUUCAAAAAUGAGGAUGGGCUUUAUGACGAGGAGGUUAUCCGGCAUUUUGUGGAGGAAAAGAUUGACGAGGUAGGCAAGGUGGCGUUGGAAGUGCAGCUGGAGAGGUCAAGGGCAGUGAUGCAAAAAAAAAGGAGAAGAUGGCAAGCGCCGCAGAAUAGGCGUUUCAAAGGGGAGGAAUGAUGACAGGAGGAACGAGAUACCGCAUUGUCACUAUACUUAGC